AUGAUGUCGAAAACAAAAACACCACAAGCAGGUUUAUCCUUGACAGAUAAGCAUUCGUCAAGUGUUAAUUGUAUUCAUUCAAUGAAUAUCUUUCGACUAUUGGGAGAUUUUUCUCAUCUAGCCGCUAUUUUUAUCCUUUUACUUAAAAUUUGGACAACUCGUUCAUGUGCCGGUGUAUCUGGUAAAAGUGUUGUUCUCUAUGCCAUUGUUUUCUCAUUUCGUUAUUUGGACUUAUUUGUUCAUUAUGUUAGCGCAUACAAUUCGAUAAUGAAAAUAGUUUAUCUUACUUCGACUUACUUUACACUCUAUUUAAUCUAUGUGAAAUUCAAAUCAACCUAUCAUCGUAGUCAUGAUUCAUUUCGAAUUGAAUUACUAAUUUUACCAUCAGCUGCACUGGCUUUCAUCUGGAACCACGAAUUUUCUGUCUUAGAAAUUCUUUGGACGUUUUCAAUUUAUCUCGAGUCGGUUGCCAUUCUUCCUCAAUUGUUCAUGGUUAGUAAAACGGGUGAGGCAGAAAUCAUUACAAGUCAUUAUUUAUUCGCCUUGGGCAUCUAUCGGUUUUUCUACAUUCUCAACUGGGUUUAUCGCUAUUACAUGGAAGAUUUUCUCGAUUGGAUAUCGAUUGUUUCCGGAGUUGUUCAGACAGUCCUCUAUUGUGAUUUCUUUUAUCUUUACAUUACAAAAGUCAUUCGCCGAAAACGACCUACCAUCACCGAAAGUAUCUAA